AGCUACGUAAUAAUGGAUGUCUUGCGCAAGCUUAGUGCCCAUGCACCAGAAACCACUUAAACCCCGAAUUCCUCACCCAGUUUACCUAUCCCUUCCAUGAACCUUAAUUCUCACAUCUUCGUUAUUUUCUUGACAAUAUUCGUAUAAACCUAAGUAACCAUGGGUGCAAAAUCAGGAACCGCGCUCAAGUUCCUUCAAUGGUUCAUUCGUGGCAUUCAAUUUGCCUGUGCAGCCCUCAUCCUUGCCAUUUACUCCUACUUCUUAGCCACACUCCAUAACCACAACCUUCACAUCAGCGAUACCAUCCGCGCUGUGGAGGGCAUCUCUGGUGUAGCUGUUCUUUACACUGCUGCAGCUCUGGUACUUGUCUGCUGCCUCGCUGGUCGUACACUUUCUUCUCUCCUCGCGAUUAUCUUGGAUGUCGCCUUCAUUGGUGCAUUUAUUUAUGUUGCUGUUGCCAACAAGGGUGGUGCCAGCAGCUGCACUGGCUAUCUCGACACUCCCUUUGGUAAAGGGAAAGCUGGAAACACUGCUGAGGGAAGUGAUGGAUUCACUGCUUUGCCAAGUUACCGCACGGCUUGCAAGCUCCAGUCUGCUUGUCUAGCUGUUUCCAUCAUCGCCAUUAUCUUCUUCAUAUUCUCCAUUGUGAUCGAGGUUGCUCUUGCUCGCCACCACCGCAAGGAGAAACGCUUCGGCCCCAGUCCUGCUAACGAUUACACCUCGGGCUAUGGUGCCAAGGGUGGUUUUCUGGGCCGUCUUUUCCGUCGUCGCAAGACUGCUGCCGCCGAAGAAGGUCAUGACUUGCCGGAGCAUACUCAUCCUGAUCAGCUCGAUACAUAUCGUCAGAGCCAUACCACAGAUCGCACCGCCGUCAACAACUACCCUGACAAUGCCUACAACAAGUACGAUAACACCGGCUUCAGUUAUCAAGACACCAAGUAUGGGCGCCAGGACGGUUAUGGUCAGAUUCACUACCCUGAGCCUGAGUAUGGUGUCACUCAACCGCCCGCUCGUCAGACCGAGAAUCCAAACUAUCGCUAUGAAGACGGUGUCUACGAUCGCAAUUAAAAUAGAACGAAAGAAACUGGAAAUCUGAAUUGGAAAACUGCACAGAAUGAUGCCCCGAAUGUUGCUCCCGGCAAAAUCAACAGGUCGCUCAUGAACAUUCACAUUAUGUUAGAUAAUAGGGCUUGGUUAGCCUGCUUAAUGAUUAAUCAUAUGUAUUUUGAUCUUCUCAAA